AUGGACCCCUUACUCGACCCGCCAUCAUUCUCACAACAAUCAAGAUCAAACAAACGCAAACGGUCAGAAACAACAGGUGUCGAUUCUCCAAGCUCAAAGCCCCAAAGCUCCACCAACCCUCUCAGCCAUUCUCCUGGUGUAGUUGCCCAGUUCGCUGUCGCCGGCCUCUCAGAAACGGAUGAGAACCCUUCACAGCGCAUACGCGACUUUCCUCAUCGCGGUAGCUCAUCUAAUGAAGCCUUUUCUAUCGAAGCUGAGAGUGAUGAAGCCCCAGAAACGGAAGGAGACGAAGCAGCACGCCCAAAGUCUAAGAAAUCCAAAAGUCGUAAACGAGGCGGUCAUUUUGAUGUCCUCCUACAGUCUAUUCACUACUUCCUUGAUCGAGGAGAGAUCCCCAAGGCAUCUCGUGCAUAUGGCCUUAUUCUGCAACUGCGUCCUUCUGGUCUCCUUGUCGAUGUUCGACAUCAUGAUCUCUGGGCCAUAGGUGCAGAAAUUCUCAUGCGUGAAGGUGAAGACAAUUCACGGCAAGAUGAUGGUUCACAUGGGAAUCAGCUGAAAUCUUCCGAGAGAUGGGGCCGGGCUGCUAAUAUGAGCAAGGUCAAGGCCUACUUCGAUACACUGAUACAGCAGCAUCCCUAUGACUACAAGACCCCAAAGGUCGUCUCAGCCUUGGAUUUCUGGAUUGCUCUGUUUAGCUGCGAAAUCUACAAUACGCAUACCGAACAUAUACUGGCCCUUGAUCGGCUGGAGAACGAGAUUGAUGAAGAGUCUCGCCGAGAGUCUUUCGGCAAUGAUGAAAGCAUCGCAAGUGACGAAACAGACAGCGUGGAAGCGAGGAAACUUCUCAAGAAGGACGAGCUGCGAGUCCAAACAUUAUCCAUCAUGAAGGACAUCACGAAGAGGAUGGAUACGUUGAUGCAGGAUAUGCCGUACUCAAGGAAUCAACAUUAUCUUCGAUUGCACGCCAUGGCCUCUUUCUACAUUGCAGACCUAGUUAUUCCCAUCAGCCCCGUCUCGCAGUAUCAGGCCGAAGAAGUGCAGAAAGCAAGACUGACGGAACAACAGAGUGCCAGAAAUCAUCUGGAGAGAAUAAUCACAUAUGGAGGCGAGUUAGACAAAGCUGCAUGGAAAGCUUUGAACCCUUCAGGUGAUGUCGAGGGAGAUACUUCCAUUCCACUCUACUCAAGUCUACCGAUUAGGGGUCUCUAG